AUGACGACCGCAGCCCCAUCACGCCUUGAUGGUGUCAAUAAAAAAAGCACAAGGACACUCUUGAGGGUCGUUAUCCUUCUGUUCAUUGCCGGCGCCGCCAUCUCAAGUCGAUUGUUCUCUGUGAUUCUCGACCCCUGGUUCAACUUCCGAGCGACCAAGUAUCUCGUUGCCAACGGAUUCUAUAAAUUUUGGGAUUGGUUCGAUGACCGAACAUGGCAUCCUCUGGGCCGUGUCACCGGGGGUACUCUGUAUCCAGGUCUCAUGGUUACCAGCGGCGUCAUCUACCACGCCCUGAAGGCGCUGGCCAUUCCCGUCGAUAUUCGUAACAUUUGUGUCCUGCUUGCUCCUGCUUGCUCAGGUCUUACUGCCUACGCGGCAUACCUCCUCACCAAUGAGAUGACAAUAUCUCCAUCUGCUGGUCUUCUUGCUGCCGUGUUCAUGGGCAUAGCCCCAGGGUACAUCUCGCGAUCCGUUGCCGGAAGUUACGACAACGAGGCCAUCGCCAUUUUCCUUCUCGUCUUUACCUUCUACCUGUGGAUCAAGGCACUGAAGCUGGGCUCUAUGCUCUGGGGUGCGCUGUGCGCUCUCUUUUACGGCUACAUGGUGGCAUCAUGGGGUGGUUACGCCUUCAUCACCUGUCUUUUGCCCCUCCAUGCCUUCGUUCUCAUCUGUAUGGGCCGCUACAGCACUCGGCUUUACGUCAGUUACACCACAUGGUAUGCUCUGGGAACCAUCGCUAGUAUGCAGAUUCCCUUUGUUGGUUUUCUGCCAGUGAAAACCAGUGAGCACAUGCCCGCGCUAGGCAUCUUUGGCUUCCUCCAGUUGAUCGCGUUCAUUGAAUAUGUCCGAUCCGCUAUUCCUAGCCGCCAGUUCCAGACUUUUCUUGUCACCAUCCUCAUCGCCACUUUUGGCGUUGGCUUGAUUGCUCUCGUUGGUCUUACCUCCUUGGGCUAUAUCGCGCCGUGGAAUGGUCGCUUCUAUUCCCUUUGGGACACCGGCUAUGCUAAAAUCCAUAUCCCCAUCAUUGCUUCCGUAUCCGAGCAUCAGCCUACCGCCUGGCCCGCUUUCUUCUUCGAUCUCAAUUUCCUCAUCUGGCUCUUCCCCGCAGGUGUCUACAUGUGCUUCCAGGACCUCCGCGAUGAGCACGUCUUUGUUGUCGUUUACGCAUUGUUUGGCAGCUACUUCGCGGGUGUCAUGGUUCGACUCAUGCUGACUUUGACUCCUAUUGUCUGUGUUGCUGCCGCCAUUGCUUUGUCGAGCCUGCUCGACACCUAUAUCUCAGCCAAGUCUCCUAGCCCCGAGGAAGUAGCAAGUGCCACCGAGGCGGCCUCCAAGAAAUCACCGAAGCCAUCGGCUGGUCUCAGGGGGAGCGGGAAGCCAAUCAUUGGCAUCUUCCAUUCAUCCUCCAAGAUUGUCGUCGUUGCCUCUGUCAUUGUGUAUCUUCUCAUGUUUGUUAUGCACUGCACCUGGGUCACCUCCAACGCCUAUUCCUCUCCCUCGGUUGUCCUGGCAAGCCGGCUGCCAGAUGGUAGCCAGCAUAUUAUUGAUGAUUACCGAGAGGCGUACCAGUGGCUGCGACAGAACACCAAAAAGGAUGCCAAAAUUAUGUCUUGGUGGGACUACGGCUACCAGAUUGGUGGUAUGGCUGAUCGACCAACAUUGGUUGACAACAACACCUGGAAUAAUACCCACAUCGCCACUGUCGGCAAGGCCAUGAGCUCGAGAGAAGAAGUCAGCUAUCCCAUCAUGCGACAGCACGAGGUCGACUAUGUUCUUGUCGUCUUUGGUGCCCUCCUGGGUUACUCUGGUGAUGAUAUCAACAAAUUUCUCUGGAUGGUCCGUAUCGCUGAGGGCAUCUGGCCCGAUGAGGUCAAGGAACGUGAUUUCUUUACGGCCCGUGGCGAGUAUCGCGUCGACGGAGAGGCGACUGAGACGAUGAAGAACAGCUUGAUGUACAAAAUGUCGUACUAUAACUACCACUCUUUGUUCCCUCCCGGCCAAGCCGCUGACCGCGUUCGUGGUGUGCGUCUCCCUGACCACGGCCCAGUACUGAACACUCUGGAGGAGGCUUUCACCAGUGAAAACUGGAUCAUCCGAAUCUACAAGGUCAAGGAUCUUGACAAUUUUGGACGAGAGCACGCCGCUGUUGCGGCAUUUGAAAAGGGACAGAAGAAGAAGAAGGCCAGCAAGAGGAGAGGCGCCCGUGCCCUGCGGGUAGAGUGA